GCAACAGCUUACCACAGGGCCUAUCUCACUGUAUCCAGCAGUAGCCUCUCUUUGACUGACAGCAGAGCAAGAACCAAAAUGGAGUCUCACCUGGGUUCAGAGAUGAAUAAAGAAGGUGACGAGUACCUGGACAUGUGCGACCAUAAUGGUUUGAGCCGAGAAGAGAACUCCAAGAACUCUGAAGAUGUAGACAAACUGUCUCACAUUAAGAAGGCUUAUACCAUCAUACUGAGUGAGCUGGGAGAGGACGUCAACCGGGAGGGACUUUUACGUACACCGCUACGUGCAGCCAAAGCCAUGCAGUUCCUCACUAAAGGCUACAAAGAAACACCUCAAGAUAUCUUAAAUGACGCAAUCUUUGACGAAAACCACGAAGAGAUGGUGAUCGUGAAGGACAUUGAGCUGUUUUCUCUCUGUGAACAUCACCUGGUGCCCUUCUUUGGCAAGGCUCACAUAGCGUACCUCCCAAACAAGAAAGUGGUUGGCCUAAGCAAGCUUGCUAGAAUAGUUGAGAUCUACAGCAGAAGGCUUCAAGUUCAGGAGCGUCUCACCAAACAGAUUGCCUCAGCCAUCUCUGAAACGUUGGAACCUGGCGGAGUAGCAGUGGUGAUUGAGGCUGUGCACAUGUGCAUGGUGAUGAGAGGUGUGCAGAAGAUGAACGCCAGCACCGUUACAAGUGUGAUGCUGGGAGGAUUUAAUGAAGAUCCCAAGACCAGGAGGGAGUUCCUUGAACUUGCAAUAUAUAAGUGAACAGAUUAUAUGUGAGAAGGGAACAUUUACACCUGAUGAGUUAUUCAUUUCCGCCAGUCUUACUUUCAGGGAAUUAGUGUUUUUAUGCUGUUGGUGGCGACCCUUCUUAAGCUGAUAUGUAUUUAUCCUGUUUAAGUGUCACACACGAGGAAUGUCUUACCAAACGUACGUUGGAAUAUGAAAUAUGUUCAACACAUGGUGGUAAUGUUUAAUUAAUAUAAUGGCGACAUGGUGCUUAAAGUAUUAUCUCCAAUGCAAAGUUACACUGAAAAUAAACAUAA